AUGACAAUGCACUUACAUUUGGAAAAUUAUCAGUCUAUAUCAUUUACUGAAAAUCAGACAUUACAGGAUAUUCUUGCCAAUGAGAGAAAUUCAACGACAAUGUUAAUAGAAUUUUUCUCUAUGAAUCGAACAAAUAAAAGAGCACAGGAUCUCAAUUGUCUGUAUAAAGAAUUUCCCCGAUACUUUACUUGGGAUGAAGGUGACAGAAUAUGGAUUGACAGAAAACGCGGAGAGGUCAUUAGCCAUGUUAACACAGCACACCCCAUUGAAGAAGAAAGAUACUACCUGAGAAUGUUGCUUAUGCAUGUAAGAAAACCAACCUCUUUUGAUGACUUAAAAUCUGCUGAUGCUCACCUAGCAUCCUCAUACAAAGAAGCAGCAGAACUUCGUGGAUUACUCCAAGCAGACAAUGGUUUUGAUGUAUGUUUAUCUAAGCAACAAGUGCAAAUUCAAGUUCUCAGACUCAUUGACCAACAUAUCCAAAUCAUGGAAAAAGAUAUAAGUGACUACAAGCUCACAGACAUUCCUUAUCAUCUGUUGUGCUCAGACAACUCUGCCAAAGAAAUUGAAGUUGAGUACCAAAUACAUAUUUCUAACAAAGAUUUGGCUUCGAUUUCAAUGUUGAAUAGAUUACAAAAAUUUGCAUUUGACAAAAUAAUGGAAAAGGUCAAUGCAAAUGUUCCUGUUGCCUUCUUUAUUGAUGGUCCUAGUGGAACUGGCAAAUCAUUUUUGUAUAAAGCAUUGCUUGCAACUGUCAGAUCAAGAGGUCAUAUUGUACUAGCAACAACAACCUUUGGUGCUACAACAUCACUGUUACCUGGAGGAUGCAUGGCACACUCUCGUUUCAAGAUUCCACUUCACCAAGAGAACAGACAAACCUGUAACAUCUCAAAACAAAGCAACUUCAAUAAGCUUCUAAAGCUUGCAAAGUUGAUUAUAUGGGACGAAGCAGCAAUAGUUAAGAAAUAUGCAAUUGAAUCAUUCGGUACAAUGCUUCAUGAUAUUCUGCAUUCGGAUAUUAUAUUUGGUGGCAAAAUCAUUGUCUUUGGUGGUAAUUUUUGA